AUGAGGUGGCACCACUGUUCAAUCCUGAUGACUCUCCGUUGUUGCGCAGGUGUGCGUGUGGGCGAUCGCUUCUUUGCUCGAGCCGAAAUGGUUGCGGUGGGCUUGCACAGGCAUUGGCUCAACGGCAUUGACAUCAUUCCUAAAGCCGAGAGCCCUUUUGACAAGUCCAUCGCAGUGGCUGUGGUGGUGUCUGGAGGAUACGAAGACGACAAGGAUGAAGCGAGCCGCAUUUGGUACACCGGGCAGGGUGGCAACGACCUUCUGGGCACACGGAAGCAAGUGGCCGAUCAAAGUCUGCGAGCUGGAAACCUGGCUCUCAUGAAUAGCAUUAAGGUGAAGAACGAUGUGAGAGUCAUUCGAGGGCACAAAUGCAAGAAAUCAAGCAUCGGACGGGCUUUCACAUACGAUGGGCUUUACAAGGUGAAGCAACAUCAGUAUGUGCGUGGCGAGCAAGGCUUCUUCGUCUACAAGUUCCUUCUCGUUCGCAACCCCGACCAGCCGCCUCUCACAACUGACCAGGUUCGCUUCAUGCGCGGCCAGAUCCCAACGAGCGCGAAGAAAGCAUCAAAUGUUGUUUGCGCAGACCUCUCAAAGGGCAAGGAGAGGCUGCCUGUAACCGUCACCAAUUGCAUCGACAAACCACCCACCAUGCCUCCUGCAUUUGAGUACGUGACGAAGCGCAUCAUGCCCAAGGGGUUCAAGCUGCAGGGAGGGGCGCACAAGUGCGAGUGCGAGGGGGCGUGCACGAGUGAGAGCGAGUGCGCGUGUGCCAGGAGGAACCGCGACGGCUUUCCCUACGUGCGAGGGGGAAGGCUGGUCAAGGCACGCGGCAUCGUGAUGGAGUGUGGCCCCUCGUGUGGCUGCGGCCCAGCCUGCAUCAACAGGGUCGGCCAGCUGGGGCUGCGCUUCCGUCUCGAGGUGUACAAGACGGCGCACAAGGGGUGGGCGGUGCGGUCAUGGGACCCCAUCCCAGCGGGGGCGGUGGUGUGCGAGUACGUGGGAGACGUGCUGCCGUACGAGCAGGUGAACCACGUGGAGGAUGACAUGUAUGUCAUCAGCAUCGACACUGUGCGCACCGCCAAGCUCGGCACGCAGGGCAGAGAUCCCAUGUUUGAGGACUUGGAGCAUGCGCUGGAGGAGGGGGGGGGGCACGAGGAGGUGCACUACGCCAUCGACGGGCUGCGGCGUGGCAACGUGGCGCGCUUCAUCAACCAUAGCUGCUCGCCCAACCUCUUUUAUCAGUCCGCCCUCUGGGACCACAAGCGCCCUGAGCUCUCCCACCUCCUGCUCGUCGCCUCCGAAAACAUUCCUCCUCUCACAGAACUCACCUACGAUUACAACUACGAGCUUGACAGCGUGAUGGAUGAGAAUGGUAAGGUGAAGCGCUUGGACUGCUGCUGUGGUGCUGCUGACUGCCGAGGAAGGUUGUAUUGA